GUCACAAUAUUAGCCAGCCCAUAAGAUACGAGGCUAUUUGAACAAGUGACUUAGGUUAGAAGCUUGAACAUUAAUAAGGCUACCACUAGUGUUCUUUUUUGUUUUUUUAACCGUGUUAUCUCAACCGUGCUUUUUUGAUUGCAAUUUGUUGAGUUGCCAUGCAAAAGGGGAAGUGGUAAGGAAUAGAUUCUCUUAACAGCGCUGAGCACUCUUUGGUUGAAGUGCCACCUACACGCACUCAGUUGUCAGCAGAGUUUCUCAAUCUGUCACUUUGCUAGGUGGAGUGCGUCUAUUGAGGGCAAAGAAAACAUGCACGCGGCAGCUUUCUGACAACCGCCCUGGUGUGGACCUUCUACCGAUUCGACCCGUUUCUGAACAACACCGCGCCUCGCUUUUGCUAGCUCCUCUUUGCCCUUAAAAUUUGACCACUAAAGAGCAACUCUCGCGCGCGCGUGAUACAAGUAGUAAACCACGCUAAUCGACAUUAGCCGCUCCGAAGCUAACUAGCUAUGCCGCUGACCCAAAAAGUAUAGGUUUUAUCCCGGAUUUUCCUCCCCCACCUCCCCUCCAAAAGAAGUCGAGAAGCCGACGGAGACAUGGGACUUCACCCGCUGGAAUUCAGCGAAUGCUAUCUGGACAGCCCCUGCUUCAGGGAGAAGAUUAAGGCUCACGAAGCGGAGCUGGACAAAACCAACAGGUUCAUUAAGGAGCUGUACAAAGAUGGCAAGAACCUUAUUAACGCCACCAAACAGUUGGGGAUGGCGCAGCGAAAGUUUGCCCAGUGCCUGGGAGAGUUUCAGUUUGAGUACAUCGGCGACGCCAAGACAGACGACGAGCGGUGCAUCGAUGAGUCACUGCAGGAGUUCUCCUCAUUCCUAAGGAACCUGGAAGACCAAAGAGAGCUGAUGAUGAGAAACAUCACAGAAACCCUCAUGAAACCCCUGGAGAAGUUCAGGAAAGAGCACCUCGGCACAGUAAGGGCGGAGAGGAAAAAGUAUGAGAAGGAGACAGAGAAAUACUACAGUUCACUGGAGAAGCUUCUCAACAUGUCUGCCAAGAAGAAAGAGCCGCAGCUACAAGAGGCGGACGUCCAGGUGGAAACCAUGAGGCAGCACUUCCAGGAAGAGUCGCUGGACUACGUUUGUAAGCUGCAGGAGAUCCAGGAGAGGAAGAAAUUUGAGUGUGUGGAGCCGAUGCUGGCCUUCUUCCAGACGGUCUUCACUUUUUAUCACCAGGGUUUCGAACUUGCCAAGGACUUUGACCACUACAAACGUGCACUACAAAUCAAUAUUCAGAAUACGAGGAGUCGAUUUGAGGGCACGCGCUCGGAGGUCAACGAGCUCAUGAAAAGGAUCCGAGAGACGCCUCAGGAGUACAGACAGACGAGCCCGAUCAGCUGCGAGGGAUACCUUUACGUCCAGGAAAAACGACCGCCCCCUUUCGGUUCAAGUUGGGUAAAACGCUACUGCACGUUUGUCAAGGAGCAGAAGAUCCUGCAUAUGGUGACUUUCGACCACAGAUCUGGUGGAAGGAGUGGUGAGACGGAGUCGGUCACGCUCAAGUCCUGCGUCCGCAAAACGACGGACAUGUUGGACAGGAGGUUCUGCCUGGAGCUCGACAUUACAGAUCGGCCAGGCACAGCCCUCACAGUGCAGGCUCUGUCGGAGGGUGACCACAAAUUCUGGAUGCUGGCCAUGGGUGGGAAGGAACCUGUCGGCCGCUAUCUCGGGAGGACAUAUUCAAAAGAAAGAGGAAUCGACGCUCAGCUCGAUGACAUGGGGCUGACUUUUGUGAAGAACUCCAUCAGCGCCAUUGAGAGACGAGGAAUAAAUGACCAAGGCUUGUACAGAGUCGUUGGCGUCAGCUCCAAGGUGCAAAAGCUCCUCUCCUUAAUGAUUGACGAGAAGAGCAACGAAGUGGACCUGUCCACUAGUGAAGACUGGGAUGUGAAAACCAUAACCAGCGCACUGAAGCUGUACCUGAGGAGCCUUCCCGAGCCACUGAUGACCUACGGACUUUACAAAGAGUUCAUCAGCCCGGCGAAGGGCGGCAGUCCAGAGUCUCGUAUCCAGGCCGUCCACUGCCUGGUCCACAAGCUGCCAGAGAAGAAUCGACAAGUCCUCGGGCUGUUUAUGAAGCAUCUGGCCAACGUGGCUGCCCACAGCAAGCAGAAUCUGAUGACGGUGGCAAAUCUGGGCGUGGUCUUCGGCCCGACGCUGAUGAGGCCACAAGAGGACACGGUGGCCGCCAUCAUGGACCUCAAGUUCCAAAAUAUCGUGGUGGAGAUCCUCAUUGAGCACCAAGAGAAGAUCUUUACAGACGCUCCCGAGUCGUGCCCUCUCUCAACCGCCGCCCCGUCCUUCUCCGCACCUACGAGGCAGUCCAAGAAGAUGAAUCGACAGAGCCGUCCGCUGGCUGUCUACAACCCGCAAGUUAUGGACAUUCAGACCGCCUGCGACGCCUCCAACCUCGCCGUGGACGAGACGUCGAUGGGCAGCAACGAGUCGGUGUCGUCGCAGUCGUCGUCGGCCUCCGCUUCGGAAAUGACGACCCCGUCGGAGAAAAGCGAGCGUUUGCCUCUCAGCGUCAGCCUCUCCUCGGGCAGCAGCAACUCCAGAGCGUCCAUGGCAGCAGCCUCCUGGUUAGGAGAAGGUCAGCAUGUCUGCACACCUGAAAAAGAAAAACCACUUGAAAGUGUCAUCAGGAAAGCCAAGGCGGUGUUCCCGUGCGAGGCCGAGCACGACUCUGAGCUCUCCUUCCAGGUCGGCGCAAUUUUCAACGCUGUGACCCAGUCCAGAGAGCCGGGCUGGCUGGAGGGGGAACUGGAGGGCAAGCGGGGCCUCAUCCCUGAGAACUAUGUGGAGAUGCUGUAAACCUCCAAAAUGGACACAAUGAGGGGAUUUAUUAGUUGGCGCCUUAUUCUCACCUGUUGUGUUCUCUCAAGCCAUGGACCUUUUUUUUUUCACCCGCCCACUUAUACAUGGUAUCCAUGAGACACCCCUGGCCCCCUCUCACAGCAGCGCUUUCGGUCCGCCACUGUGCCUUGUCGAGCCCUGAAUGUUAACGGGUAUGUUUGGCCAUAAAUCAUCCACAUGGUUUUUUGUUUGCAUAUUCCAAAUGAGGUGCACUUUGAUUUUUUUUGGCCUCCCAAAACUCUGUUUAUACAAUCGGUGCACUUUUUUGGCUUUCUUUCAGCAGACAUCCAAACAUCGCACCCCUCUGCCAAUCGUGCCUUUUUGUUUUUUAUGUCAGAUGAGUAUGUUCAUGUCAGCAUCAGGAGGUAACUUUCUAUUGAGAUUAUUAUUAUCGAAACCAAGUGUUUUAUUAUUUUUAUCUUAUUUGGUGGGUGGGGUGGUUUUUAAGCUUUUAAAGUUCACGUUGCCUUUUCCGGGCAGAAACACUCCUGCAAAACGUCUGGAUUUAAUAUGAUUUUAUUUCAAGCGAAAGAAAAAAAAAUCAGAUUUUUAUGGUAAAUAAGCUCGUAGAGUAUUUCAAUUCAAUUUGUGUACGUAUCGUGAUGAGGUUUUAAGGUGGAAGCACGUCACUUCACCGGCGGUUGCAAUAAUGUCAAGUUUUGAUUUGUGGUGUUGUUUGUAAAGGGUUUUGGAUUCAUUUUUAUACACCUUUCAAUGGGGGCACCUCUCAACCAAUGUUCAAUAAAACAUGUAUUCUUGCAGUGAAAUAAAUUUUCCAAUUGGUAAUUUUUCGAAGGAAUGGUCCUAAAA